UUUUGUGUCUAUCAUUCUCACAUUUACCCUCAAGCAUUUGCAAAAGGGAAACAUCAUUUAUGUGUCUGGCAUAGCCCUGCAUUGGAAGUCCCAUGACUAUGGCAUUCUCCUCUCUAACUCCAGUCUUUGUGGCAAUUAUCUGUGUCUUGAUUGGAAUAAUAGUCAAAGGCAGAAAGACAAACUCCAAGAAUGAGCCAAGGAAAACAAGUAAGAAAGCAGAGUCUCGUCCGUGGGUGGAUGAUGAUUUAAAAGACAGCACUGAUCUUCACCCUGAGGAAGAAGAUGAUGGUGAAUGGCAAGAAUCAGAGGACAUCGCUCACACUCCCUUUUCGCUUGAGCGCUACUCUGAAGAAGACAUGAUUAAGAGAUCAAAGAAUUUUUAUGAACUUCUCAAUAAGAGACGAUCCGUCAGGUUUAUAAGUGAUGAACCUGUUCCAAGGGAGGUCAUAGACAAUGUAAUUAAAACAGCAGGUACGUCUCCCAGUGGAGCUCAUACUGAACCUUGGACCUUUGUAGUUGUGAAAGAUAUAGAAAUAAAGCAUAAGAUCCGUGAGAUAAUUGAAGAAGAGGAAGAAAUAAACUACAAGAAAAGAAUGGGAGACAGAUGGGUUAAUGACUUGAAAAGACUGAGGACAAACUGGAUCAAAGAAUACUUGGAUACAGCUCCCUACCUGAUCCUUAUUUUCAAGCAGGUGCAUGGAAUGCUUCCAGAUGGAAAAAAGAAAACUCAUUACUACAAUGAGAUCAGUGUUUCUAUUGCCUGUGGCAUUCUCCUCGCUGCACUCCAGAAUGUGGGUCUCGUGACAGUAACUACUACUCCCCUGAAUUGUGGCCCCCGUCUCAGAGUAUUGCUUGGACGCCCAACAAAUGAAAAGCUUCUUAUGUUGCUGCCAGUUGGGUACCCCAGUAAAGAUGCCACGGUGCCAGAUUUGACACGGAAGCCACUGGAUGACAUCAUGGUGGUUGUAUAAACAUGGGCCAGCUGGGAAGAGACCCUUAAAAUGUAUCAGUCGUAAAAGAGUAUUCUCAAAGCAGCUCAUUUUCCUUGAUUAUGCACAGGACGAUUUACAUUUGUCUCAGUACAUCCUCUAACCACACAUCCUUAAAUUCAUGAAUAUCUAUAUGAGAGAAUUUAGAGACCUAGUUACAUGCCAUUGGUUCUCUUCCAGACUUUGGGAAAGUUAUUUUAGGGCUUUUGCUCCUCAGAUCCCCCAAGCAGCAUUAACUGUGAUAUCUAGAGGAUUCUAGGAACUGGCAUCCCCCCCCCCCCCAAAAAAAAAAACAACCUUCUUAAGUUCUCUUCAAGUCUUAUGAUGGUACUUAACCAGGCUGACACGUAUAGUUGAGGUUAAAUGCAGCUCUUCAGAAAAGGUUGCAACAUCCCUGAAUUAAUGCAUGACCUAUACACCCUUCAGCAACAUUGUUGAGUGUGUAUCUUGAGCAAUUCAUAUCCUGACACCUUCAAAGCACUGAUAAUAGCAACAGGUGCAUUGGCUAAUAAGAGUAAGCAACCAGAAUAAAAUAAACUUGACUACAGCAGAUAUUGAUGAAUAGGAUAGCCAUUUUACCAGCUGUUAGGAUUUCUGGGAGCUGAAGGCCAAAACAUCUGGGGACCCACAGGUUGAGAACCACUGAUGUAGAACUAUACAAAGCUCUGUCUUGCAACGACAAACAAAGGGAGAGAGACAGCCUGCAAAGGAGAAAAGGGGAGUCUUUUUUUCUCAAGCACCAGCUGUUUAAGGAGAUGUUGUUUCCUCAAAUAUGCCUAACAGCAGAAGCAGCUCUGGGCCAAAAUUAAGGCUACAUCAUAUAACACCCCAUAUGCCCAAACUAUUUGAAUAUAGAAGUUGUCACUCUAAGAGACAUACAUGUCCUUUCACACAAUCCAUCUUUUGUCACCACUAAUAAUGCAUUUUUGCUUUUCUCCCCUCCUUGUUUCGGGCAUAGCAAAGGACACUUUCGUGCUUUUGACCAAGUUCACCUUUAGGCUUUGUUGUCAUGGAUACUCCUGCUGUGAUGGAUGAAGGAAAGCAGCCAACCUUUCAAUGCACCAAAUAUAUUGGGGUGGUGGGGAGGGCAGGGAUAUGAAAUCGCUGUGCAUGUAUUUCCCCCGUAAUCUAUAAGAAUAAACUCCAUAUAAUCUUUGGACAAAAGACAACCAUUUUGGAAGGAUUUCUGUAAGCAGGCAUGAAAAGAAAAGCUCCUCAGGUGCCACAUUUCAUUGCAGUGGUAAUCCUCCUCUGUAAUAGGCUUGCUGAAGAGGGGAGAAUGCACAAACGCUCUGAUAAGGGAACCUGGGUUUCAACUAAAUAUCUCUAACUGAAAUAACAAGCAUGACACAAUUUCAUAAUACGCCUAGCUACAAGGAGCAAGAUGUAGAUGCCAGAUUUGAUUGAAGCCAUAGUGAUAAAUGUCUCGCCUUCCAUGACAUUAAUCACGGCGAAGUAAAUAUUUGCCAUUCACAAAAUAAUUUAUGAGGCAGUAUUAUUUUUAUCCCUGCUGAAGGAAAGAAGUUGAAUUUUCAGUAACCAUAUGUCUGAUAUGAUUUAGAGACAGGCAGCAUACCCAUGAUUUCAGGUGAACCUAUGAGUUGGGUUUAGUAUCAGAAAGUACAGUAGCUGUGAUUUCACAGCCAUACCCUGAUACCAUUAGGUUUAGUGUGGUCCCCAUAUCCAUAGGGAAUGCAUUCAAAGACACUCGUCCCCACUUCCAUGGAUAUCUGAAACUGCAGAUAAUAGUGAACUCUAGAUUUUGACUACACCUGGGCCAGAAGUAUACCUAGAAUCGUUUUAAGGAGAGGUUUAGGGAGCUAAGUAUGUUUAGCUUGGAGAAGAAAAUAUGUUAAGAUAGGGAAUUAUGGUUAUGUUUAAGUAUUGGAAAUGUUUGUCAUAUUGAAGAUGCAGAAAGCUUAUUUUCUGCUGCUCCUUUUUAAACAAUUUGAAGUUCUUAGAGGCUAUUUAAUGUUAAGGUGGCCAAUUGCAACAUUCAGACUUGCCUCCAUCAGACAAGAGUUCUUUCUCUCACCCCAGACAGUCUACAGAUAUAUAAACCCCACUUUCCUAGUUUCCAACAGACCUCACAACUUCUGAGGAUGCCUGCCAUAGAUGUGGGCGAAACAUCAGGAAAGAAUGCUUCUAUAACAUGGCCAUACAGUUCAGAAAACUCACAGCAACCCAUUUUGCAGUGGUUUUAACCUAUUUUGAUCCCUAAUCUUUUUUUUUAAAUGGAAGAGUCCGGGGACUUCAAGGGGCCUAGGGGCUCACUUUCGCAUUCAUAGGGCUACAUGCCACCUAUGAGUUGCAGUCUGUCUCCCAUAUAUUAAGGGGAAGGAUUCACCCUCGUCCAUUGUGUAAUCUGCCAUAAAUAGGGAGGACUUUUUAAAUAAAAAGAUACAGAAUACUACUUGGACAUUAAGGCUUUCUACCACUGCAGUCUGAAGUAGUACGUAGUAUUGCCUAAGAAAAAACUUUGCUACUUGAUUCUACCAGUUGUAUGAACAAAGCCCAGGUUUUCUGCAACAGGGAGGAAAUGUUUAUACAAACCAUAUAAUGCGGUUCACACUGCAUCAUAUAGCAAUGUUAGACCCAGCUCUGGGAAUAAUUUAUAUGAUUUUCAAGCUUACAUUAUUUUUAUUUGGUGUGAUCAUUAUUACAAUCCAUGUAUUUCCUGCGAACCAGUAUAAAGGACUCGUCACAUCAAAAAUUCUGAUUGACUACAUUCUGAUCAAUUGAUAUUAUAAAUGCUCACCUUACAGAAACAUUCAAGAACAUUUAUUAUGUUUUUGAAGGAUAGCUAUCAAACAUUUAUUUUAUUUUUUAAAAUAAAAUUUUAUUACAUUUCUAUUCAUUCUGUUACAAAGGGAAGAAAAAUCUUCACAAUUCAUUUCCUUCCCCCAGUGUGCUACCCGUUGUGCUCCCCAUCACCGGAGUCCAUUUCUUUGUAGUCCCACCAGAACCUCAUUUCUUCUGAUGGGGGUUGAUUCCCAUCUUCUCUCCUUAAUGUUUCUUCAAUAAUUUUUUUCCAUAUAUUUUCAAAAUCAUUUUUAUUCCUUAGGCCUUUUUUAACAUUUAAAAUUACAUGUUAAUUAGGAGCCUCCGGUGGCUUAGGGGAUAAAAGCCUUGUGACUUGAAGGUUGGGUUGCUGACCUGAAGGCUGCCAGGUUCGAAUCCCACGCGGGGAGAGUGUGGAUGAGCUCCCUCUAUCAGCUCUAGCUCCAUGCGGGGACAUGAGAGAAGCCUCCCACAAGGAUGGUAAAACAUAAAAAAACCCAUCCGGGCAUCCCCUGGGCAACGUCCAUGCAGACGGCCAAUUCUCUCACUCCAGAAGCAACUCUGGUUGCUCCUGAUGCAAAAAAACAAAACAAAACAAAAAAACCCAACCAUGUUAAUUUAUCAUUUAUUGCUAAUUUCCAAAUUUCCUUGUACCAAUUUUCUAUUUUAAUUUCCUUUUUGAAUAUUCAUUUCCCUCUUUAGUCUGUUCUUUUAAUAUUAUAAUUUUGUUGGUUCUCUUCCCCCCCCCCCCAGCUCUUUUUUUUUUGCCAAUUUUGGAACCAUUGAUCUAGUUGGACCCAAUGAGGCCAUGAUAUAUUGAAGUCACCUAGAAUUCCCUUUAUGUUGUUUUUCUCCUUUAUUUGUUCCCUCCAACUUCCAAUUUUGUCUAAUUUCUUCCUUUUCAUUUCCUUAUCUCUAACAUUUUUUAAAGUUUUUAGGAAAUUUCUUCUCCAUUAUCACUGGCAUUAUUUUGGAAUUCUCUUUAAUGAGGUGGUUUUUAUAUUUAUUCCAUAUUGUUAAUACGUUUUUUCAUAAUACAUUUCCCAUUUGGUUGAUUUCCUUUUUUGAAUAUUCCUUAAAAAUACAUUUUCUAAUCUCAUUUCUAUAUCUUUAGUAAUUGUUUCCAUCCAGUCUAGAUCCACUUUAUUUAGCAUCCCUUCUACCACAUGUCUCAACUGGUUUGCUUCAUAAUAGCUUUUGAUUUCGGGCAAUCCUAGUCCUCCUUCCUUUCGUGGUUUGUACCAAUAACAUUUGUUUAUUCUGUUUUUUUCCCAUUAUUACAAAAUUUGUUUGUUAAUUGUUGCCAUUUGUUCAAUUCAAUUUCUGAUAUUUUGAGGGGUAUCAUUCUAAAUGAGAAAUUUACUUUAGGUAGUAUUUUCAUUUUGAAAAGGCAAUUCUGCCAAACCAGGACAAGUGUAUGUUGUUAUACUCAUUUAAUCUUUCUUCGGUCUCUUUCCUCAAUGCCACUAAGUUUUUCUUUUCCAUUUCACUUAGGUCCUUAGUUACUACUAUUCCUAGAUAUUUUAUAUUUUUUUAAUAGUUAUUUUUAUCUCUGUCUGAUUUUUGAAAUCUUCCUCUUCUUGUUUUGUGUAAUUAAAUAGUAUCAUUUCUGGUUUUUUCCCAAUUUGUUUUCAGCCCUGUUGUUUUUCCAAACUUCCUUAUAUGCUCCCCUAUUAUUUCCAUUUUAUCUGCUAUUCCUUUUAAAGUCAAAAUUGUGUCAUCGGCAAACAGGCUAAUUUUAUCUGAAUAAACAGAUAAAACAGGCUAAUUUUAUCUUUUCCUAUCUCUAUUAAUUUAUUGUCAUUUCUAAUUACGUUUGCCAAUAUUUCUACUGUGAUUGCAAAUAAUAUUGGUGACAUAGGGCAUCCCUGCCUAGUCCCUCUUGUUACUUUUAUUCUAUCCAAACAUUUUUUUAAAAGAGAGAGAUUUUGAUUUUUUUCUGCAAAGGAAAUAACUGUUUUAAUUAUCACCAAUUGCUGUUGUUUGUCUUAAAGUUAUUUAUAACUUAUGGCAACCCCAUCACAGAGUUUUUGGGGGCUGAGACUGUGUGACUAGCCCAAGAUCAGCCAGUGAGUUUCCAUGGCUUAGCAGGUAGUUGAACUCUACUUUCCAGAGUGAUAGACCAUUGCUCAAACCACUACCAUACAAUAAAUGCAUUGGCAAACUGUAACUAUGAUAUAAUUGGUUUGCUGUGAGUUUUCUGGGCUGUAUGGCCAUGUUCCAGAAGCAUUCUCUCCUGACGUUUCGCUUACAUCUAUGGCAGGCAUCCACAGGGGUGGUGAGAUAUAUUGGAAACUAGGCAAGGGAGAUUUAUGUUAUCUGUGGAAAGUCCAAGAUGGGAUAUCAUUAUUUGACCACUAGGUGGCAGAAUUACUCUGUUUGAAAUGCAUAUGCUCUUAGCAAGUAAAGAACAAGCCUGCAACUUUGUGGCUCACCUAAUUGGACACAAACCAUCAACUAAGAAACUGGAGCAGACCGUUCUCUUGACAACAACUUAUUUAUUUUGUGUACUGAAGUACCAAAGCACAUAGCAUAAAUAGGUUUAUUGGGAUCCUGUUUGGGCAUAAUCAGCAGGAGGUCAGUUAUGCUAAACUUAGUAAGUCAUAGGACGUGCUGACGGUUUUUUAUCUGUUGUCAGUUUUGUUUCAACAUAUGGUGAGGCUGCUCAGGUAUUGCAAACCCAAGGCAGUGGCUUUCUGGAUCAAAUCAGUCCAUCAGCAGUGUUGCCCUCUUACUAUCUUCCAUCUUUUUAACAUUACUGUCUUUUCUAUGUUGUCUCAUGAUGAACCCAAAGUAUUUUUACUUCUAAUAAAAGUUCAACCUUUA